AUAUCUCAACCUCAACAUGCCUGUCUUGAAAAUCUUCACGAAUCUCCCUAGAGAUAAAAUCCCGAGUAAUUUUGUUAAUAGGAUUCUGCCGAUAUUAUCGAAGGUGGUGAGAAAACCUGAAGAGAACUUCGUCUGCAUGGUGUCUGCAGACUGUUCGUUGACGUUCGGAGGUGAUUCCACCGCGCCUGGAGCAGUAGCAAACCUUGAGUCCAUCGGUCACUUAGGCCCGUCAGACAAUAAAAUUAUUGCCAAAGAAGUGACAGCAUUCGUGGAUAAGGAACUAGGAAUUAUUGGUGACAGGUUUUUGCUAACCUUUUACGACCUACAAGCACACAAUGUCGCUAAAAAUGGUCUCACUAUUGGCUGA